UGUACCGUAUUUUCAAUGUUUAAUUUAGACAUAUCUUUCAUUUCAUUUUGAAUAUUCAUAAAAUUGAUAUCUUAAAUGUACACAAUAUAAAUAGAUAAAAAUUAGUUAUAAAUAUCCUUUGAAUUAUAUAAUUUUUAUUAUAGAUAAUAUUUUUUAUAAAAAAAAAAUAAUUGAUUAAUUUUAAUUGUACAGUAAAAAUAAAACAAUAAUAAAAAUCUCGUCAUAAAAUAAUGCUUAAGAAUUUUACGAUCGCGACGCCCAUGUCUCCUUAAUAACGAACAUUCAUUGUGCCUCUGUGAUGUAGACUCUCGUCAUUUCAGUUUCAGUCAUCGUUGCAGCGUCCGCCUGCGUUGAUCAUAAGUGAACUUGAUGAUCACAUCAUCUCAUUUCUAGUACUCUAUUUAUCAAGUUAUAUAAAUAACAUUCCUUAUUUUAUUGACUUAAGAGCCGAUCAUCAUUUAUCUCUAAUGUGAAAUUAUAUGAUUAAUUUUAUUAUAAACGUUUUUCUUUUAAUUUAAUAAAUUUCCAAAAAUCCUUUUUUUUUAUCAUGAUGGGAUUUUAUCAGAUAGGCUUGUCUGCAGUGAUCGCUUUUACUGCUGCCUAUCUUUUUACCGGAAGUCGAUGGCGCACAUUAUUUAUCAUUUACAAAACUCUACCCAGAGAUAUAACAGGAGCAUUUAGAUUUUUUAAAGUCAAUUUUUUACUAUGGUAUUGGGAAAAACGUGGGUUCACAGUUGCUAAAUUAUUGCAUAGACAAGCCCAAUCUUAUCCACAUAAAAUAGCUUUAAUUUAUGAAAAUCAAGAAUGGACUUAUUAUCAGUUAGAUGAUUUUACUGACCGAUUAGCAUAUUGCAUUCGCACCCAACCAAUCAAUCGGGGUGAUAGCGUUGCCUUACUUAUGGGAAAUUAUCCAGAGUAUGUUGGAAUUUGGCUAGGAUUAAGUAAAGCAGGUUUUGUAACUGCCUUGAUUAAUACAAAUUUGCGUAAAGAUGUUCUAAUACACAGUAUCAAAGCAGCCGGUUGUAAAGCUAUUGUUUUUGGAUCAGAAUUCAAAGAUGCGAUUAAUGAAAUAAAAACAAAAUUACCUGAUCUAGCUUUAUAUCAAUGGUCAGAAAAUAAAAAUCAACCAAUUUUACAAGAUGCAUUUGAUUUAAAUAGUUUAGUAGAUAAAUAUUCAUCUAAAAUUAUCGAUAUUGAUUUAUCAUUCGGUCAUCCUCGAGAUAAAUUAAUUUAUAUAUACACAUCCGGUACUACUGGAAUGCCGAAAGCUGCAGUUAUUAAUAAUCUCAGGUAUAUGGUGAUAUCUUGUGGUGUCUAUUACAUGCUUGGCCUUCAGCAAACAGAUCGUGUUUAUGAUUCACUGCCACUGUACCAUUCAGCAGGUGGUAUUGUCGGUGUUGGUCAAGCACUUUGUACUGGAAUAACAGUGGUAUUGCGAAAAAAAUUCAGCGCCUCUAAGUUCUGGGAUGACUGUAUUCAGUACGAUUGCACUGUUGCUCAAUAUAUAGGUGAAAUUUGUCGAUUUUUACUAUCAGUACCACCUAGUCCUAACGAUACUAAUCACAAAAUCCGUCUGAUGUUUGGCAAUGGAUUACGACCGCAAAUAUGGGAAUCUUUUGUUAACCGAUUCCAGAUUAAACAAAUUGGUGAAUUUUAUGGUGCCACUGAAGGAAAUUCUAAUUUAGUCAAUAUUGAUAACAGAGUAGGUGCCGUCGGCUUCGUACCAAAAUUUGCCGGGCGUUUAUAUCCCGUAACUCUAUUGAGGAUUGAUGAAGAGACCGGUGAGCCAAUUAGACGAAACGGAUUAUGCGUUCCCUGCAAAGCAGGUGAACCAGGAAUAUUUGUUGGUAAAAUAAACCCUAAAAAAGCAGUCAAUGAUUUUAGUGGGUACGCUGAUGAAAAAGAAUCUGAAAAAAAAAUUCUCUAUGAUGUUUUCCAAAAAGGAGACAGGGUUUUUAAUUCAGGUGACAUUUUAGUAAUGGAUGAGCUUGGAUAUUUUUAUUUUAAAGAUAGAAGAGGAGAUACAUACAGGUGGAAAGGUGAAAAUGUUGCAACAGCUGAAGUAGAAGCUGUCAUCAGUAACAUUUUAAGUUUAAAAGACUGCGUUGUUUAUGGUGUUGAAAUUCCCGGGAAUGAGGGUAAAGCUGGAAUGGCUGCAAUCUACGAUCCCGAAAAUUCAUUAAAUCUUCAAGAGUUGGCGGAAGGUCUAAAAAAAGGUUUACCGUCAUACGCUAGACCACUUUUUGUUAGAGUUUUAUCACAGUUACCUCUAACAGGUACAUUUAAACUUCAAAAACGUGAUCUUCAAAGAGAAGGACACAAUGUAACAAAGAUCAAAGAUCCUGUAUACAUUUUAGAUAAAUCUGGCAGCUAUAUAAAAUUCACUGAACAAGACUAUCAAAGUUUACUAACGGAAAAACUGCGAGUUUAAUUGUGAAUACUUUUAAUUAUUAGAAUAAUGUUGACCAAAAAGAUAAGAAAUGAUCAGAGAUUUAAAAAAUAAAAUUUUAAGAUAAAUAACUAAAUUUUCAUAAAAAAAAAAAAAAUUAAAUAUUUUUUAAUUAUAUAGAAGAAAAGUUUGGGAAACCCAAAAGUGCACGACUAUUAAUACUUGUUUUAUUAUCAAUAAACAAAAACAAAAAAAAAAUCAGUCUGUCGGUUGACCCUGCGGGCCAGCCCCAAAACUUCCCGCAGUUUUCAACCUCAAAGAGCUCGAAAACAUUAGUGUAGAUAUAUUUUCGAGCUCUUCGAGCUCGAAAAUGCUAUCACAUGCAAUUGUUUUUUUAUGAUCUUUUUAAGUUAUGAUCGUUUUAAGCUCUAACAAGUUACCUGUUAUGCUGAAGUUUGAAAAUUUAAGAAUUGAAAAUCGUCAAUGAAGCGGUUUUUAAAAUUUAGUUCCUGAUUUUGUUCAGUAAAAUAAGUGUAUUGAGGCAGAAAUCAAUGUCGGGGAUCAAAAUCAAGAUUUAAAUAAAUUUUGACUCAUGUAAGAAACAAUAAAAUAUGAAAUAUCCGAUAAAAAUAU